AUGGCAGCUGCCAAUGACGUCGUAAGGCCAUCUCCCCACGAGGUUUAUCUCACAAUGCUUAACCUCUUGGUUUAUGGUGCCCUUGCGAUCAUUAUCCUGGCCGCCUGGGUUUCCGGCUCCCUCGACCCUUACCAGAAACGGUUGCAAGAGGCUGCCCUUGCUCUGAUGGGAGAGACGAAGGCGUCUUAUGGCUUGAAAAAGAGCUUGACGGGUAAAAAGCUCGUCGAGGAGGAGAACCUGAGCAAAAUACAAAACAGGCUCGGAAAAGAUCUCGGAGGCCUCUUCGCGGCUGGUGGUCCCGGCUCGGGACUGGGGACCUCUGUGGGAAAGUCACUGUGA